CUUCAACCACAUCGCCAUCACUCUCUCCUACCCACUCUCCAUCACACCUCUCCUCUCUCUCUCCAGCGUGAUGCUCACAGCACUCCGCGCAGCCCGCGCCCCGCGCGCCCUCGUGAGUCUCAAUGCAUGCCACAGCAUCGCCCCGCACCCAUUGGCCGCCAUUGCCGCCGGCAGUUGCCCUCGAGAUUGCGUCGGCCUCGCGAUGAACAGCAAACCUUGCCCAGUCACAACGAACACUCCACUGACUUCAGCCCCGCGUCGCAACGCUCGCCCGCUACGUACAGACGGCAGCGGACAAGUCGGUGCCGCACGAUGAUGUCCCAGAGAAGGGUCACCAGGACUUCAAGAUCCGCCUUCACGAGGACACCUUCCAGGGCUACCUCUGCGACCCGCCUGAGGCCUUUGUUGAGACCAACAAGGACGAGCUCAUCCAGAUGUACGACCAGAUG